AGGCUCUGAAGUUGCUGGCUGGGUGGUCCUCCUGGCUCUUUCUCGUUUCCCGUUUCCAAGUUUAGGUUUUCACGCCCACCUCUAAGAAGGUCCUGAGACCCCACGCCACCCCCCACAUUCCAGUUUCGGCAGCAAAUUACUGCAGAACCCGAAGCCAGGGAAGGAACCCGUUUCCGUCCUCACCUCCCUCAGUCUCCUGCCCUUCUCCCCGCCCCCUCUGCCGCCCUGACCAUGGCCCAGAAGCCGAAGGUAGACCCCCACGUCGGGCGCCUGGGAUACCUGCAGGCACUGGUUACGGAAUUCCAGGAGACGGAGAGCCAGGACGCCAAGGAGCAAGUACUGGCCAACCUCGCCAACUUCGCCUAUGAUCCCAGUAACUACCCGUAUCUGCGGCAGCUGCAGGUCCUUGAUUUAUUCCUCGAUUCCCUGUCGGAGGAGAAUGAAACCCUGGUGGAGUUUGCAAUUGGAGGCCUCUGCAACCUGUGCCCAGACAGGGCGAACAAGGAGCACAUCCUGCAGACAGGGGGCGUCCCACUCAUCAUCAACUGCCUGUCCAGUCCCAAUGAGGAGACCGUGCUAUCUGCUGUAACCACGAUCAUGUACCUGAGCUCCCCGGGCUCCAGCUCCCCCCCUGAGCUGACCGCCAUGCCUGUGGUGCAGUGCAUGCUGCGCUUCUCUCUCUCAGCCAACACGAGGCUCCGCAACCUGGCUCAGAUCUUCCUGGAAGACUUCUGUUCCCCAAGCCAGGUGGCGGAGGCCCGCACCUGGCAGGCCCACUCUGCCCUGGGGAUCCCACUGCCAAGGACUGAGGCCCCACAGCAGCCCAGAUCCAGGGAGACCUCGCAGCCAUGACGCCCUGACUGCUAGAGAUGAGGCCACAAUCCUGGUGGGGGCUCGGGGAGCAGGAGCUGCCUGGCUCCCGCUGAGCAUUUUUCCCCAGAGGUGCCCUUUCGGCUAUUUUAAAGGUGAGUUUUCUCAGCGUGACAGGUAUUUACACUGUGGUGAGGGGCACUGAGAGAGGAGGCCAGGCUUUGGGAUACGAGGAAGAGCGCAAAGGCAGUGCCAUUUCCAUAGGUUGGCACUGUCAACCCGCUGGAGGUCAAGCUCCUGCCUCGCCCCCUCCCCGCAGUGCCUCACUGCCAGGGCAUCAACAUCACGUGAGAAGCAGUUGGGACCCUAGAUUCAGAGGCUUUAAAGGAAGGAGCUUUUCAUGAAGAACAGCUGGGCCUGGGAUUAGACUUGCUUGUGCUUGAGGAAACAGGAAUUUUCCUUUAACAGAAGUAUCUGAAAUAAUCUUGAAGAAUGGAAAUGAGAAGCCAGCUUGGGGCUCCGAGAAGGUGUCGUGCCCACUCCAGGGCUACAGAGGCUGGGUACCUGCACCGCAAGCUCCCCUGGCUGGAUACUGGGUAUGGUUGAUGCCGGCCUGGAGAAUUCUGUGGCCUGGGAUCAACAUUUUAUCCACAGCAGUCUAUCUGAUGGGACCCUCAUGGAAA